UCUUGAUGGGCUACAAAGUUUCUGAUCCAUUCUCUGCCGAUUUCAGCGGAGGCAGCCAAAUCGGAGUGAUUUCCACCGACGAACUAGCUCCGGCCAUCCGGAGACGCCGGCCACCGCCAUUGAAGGCUCUCUUGUUGGCUCGAUAUCGAUAUUUUGCAAGUGAUUGUCGGCAGUUCUAUUGCGAACUUCAGCAGUUGGGUUUCGAGACAAGUCGGGGCAGACAUGGCGGAGGAACCGAACACCCAGGCGAUCAGGCUGAUGAAUUUCGUCUCCGAGGAGCAGUUAGCAGAAGCUAAGAAGACUAGAGGCGAGAGAGUCGAGGACGGCAGUGCUCAGAGAGACAGACCCCUGUACGAGAUAUUGAGGGAGAACAAAGACAAGAAAGAUGCAGAAUUCAAUGAACGGUUCAAACACAGACCACCAAAAGCUCUGGAUGACGAUGAGACAGAAUUUCUCGAUAAAUUAGAGAUGUCCAGGAGAGAAUAUGAAAGGCAAAUGAGAGACGAGGAGGCUCAAGAGCUCCAGAGUUUCCAGGCAGCAGUGGCAGCACGAUCCAACAUCGUGCAUGAAUUGGAAGAGGCAAAACCUCCCCCUCCUGUGGAGGAGAAACAAGUCUCAAAGAAAAACCCGGCAUCUCAGCCAUUGAAUAUGAUCAUAAAAGUCAAGCCGCAGGCCAAGAAAGCAAAACCCAAUCCUCAGAGAUCCGAGGAAGAAGAAAAGAAGCCUUCCGAGGUUGAUAGGGACAAAUCAUCAUUGGAACCGGUUGCAGCAAAUGGUAGUGAUGAGCCCCUCAGUUCUGCUCUAACAGGUCUUGUAUCAUACAGUGACGAAAGUGAUGAAGAUUAAUGUUCGGUUAGUUUGUCAGUGUUGUCAAGAACUGAGAAAAUGGAAUUAUUGUCUGGCCGAAUUUCUUCAUCCAUGGAAGUGUAAAGAUUUCUCCCAGAAUUGAAUGCUCGCUCAUUUAUUCUUUCUCUUGUAUAAUCGAUCUUUGAUAUUUUUCCCGAA